AUGAAUAUUUCGUCUGAUCCUGAUACCAAGGUGGCUACACCAGAAAAGCCUCUCAGCGAUGAGGAACAGCUGGCGGCACUGGGACAUGUGCAGGAACUCCGUCGGGAGUUCUCGCUGUGGUCCAUUGUAUGCCUUCAAAUAUCCUUGAUGGCCACCUGGGAAGCUCUUUCAUCUGUUGUAGCGACGGCCUUAACAAACGGAGGAGCCCCAUGUUUAUUUUAUAACUAUAUAAUUGCCCUAAUUGGUACCAUUUUUAUUGUACUCUCGCUUGGCGAGAUUGCCUCCAUCUACCCUACCGCGGGAGGGCAAUAUCACUGGGUCCAUUGUCUGACCCCAUCAUCCUACCAAGCCACAGCUUCAUGGUUCACUGGCUGGAUCUCAAUCGGAGGUCAACUCGUGCUCGCCGCUUCUGCUGCCUUCGCCGCUGGACUGCAGCUACAAGCUCUGAUUACUAUGAACCAUCUCGACACAUAUAUUCCCACACGCUGGCAGGGGAUGUUAUUCUAUUGGUUGAUUCUGACAUACUCAGCCGCUGUGAAUAUCUGGGGGUCCAAGAUUUUACCACAUACUAACACUGCUGCUGGAGUGUUGCAUGUUAUAGGCUUUAUAGUUAUUGUGUGCGUUUUGGGCGCCAUGUCUGAAAAGCACUCAGCCAGCUAUGUCUUCACAGAGUUCUCUAAUACCAGUGGUUGGAGCAAUGAUGGGGUCUCCUGGCUAGUGGGACUUUUGAGCGCUGUGUAUCCAUUUCUUGGAUAUGAUGCUGCUUGCCAUUUGAGCGAAGAGCUUCCGAAACCAUCUCGGAAUGUCCCGCUCGCUAUGGUUGGCAGCGUGGCAAUCAACGGCCUCAUUGGGCUGAUAUAUGCUAUCGUGCUACUCUUUGCGCUUGGAGAUCUCGACAGCCUCCUUAAAUCUGAAAUUGGGUUUCCUUUCAUGCAACUAUUUCUGAAUGUUACGGGUUCAGCAGCCGGGGCUUCUAUUCUCGCACUCUGUAUCACUCUAAUUGCAGUUGCUGCCAACGCUGCUGGAUUGACUUCAACAAGUCGUACAGCGUGGGCAUUUGCCCGAGAUAACGGGCUACCCGCUUCGAAGUUUCUGUCGGUUGUGAGCCCGACCGCAAAGGUUCCAGUCAGAAUGGUAUUAGUGGUAUCAUUUUUGCAGAUGCUUUUGGGGUUGAUCUAUCUUGGCAGCUCCACUGCUUUCAACGCGGUAUUGUCUAUGGCCAUUUUGGGCAUGUAUGCCUCAUAUUUCUCACCUAUUUUAUUCAUGCUGUUAUAUGGUCGACGGUCAUCAGGCCCUGUCACUCAAAGACUCGGCUCUGGAAUGUUCAAUCUGGGCCCACGAUUGGGUCCGGUAAUCAACGUGCUUGCCCUGAUAUGGCUCGUUCUAGCAAUGGUCUUCAGUACUUUUCCUACUGUUGAGCCAGUGACGCCUGACAACAUGAAUUAUUGUGUGGUAGUCAUGAUGGGUUGGGUCGUGAUUGGAGGUAUUUAUUAUUAUAUUUUCGCCGGAAAGAGACGCUUUACAGGCCCUAAAGUAGAGUUUGUUGAGGGAAUAUGA